AUGGGUACGCCGUCACAGCCCUACGCGACCCAUUCGCCCCGGGACAGCGAGAGCAGCUACUUCUCUCACACCUCGCCCACCCACGCCCAACAACCCUACCACUCCGAUGAGCACGAGGAACAGGAGCAGUCGCUGCUGGAGCGCAACAACUCCAGCCACUACAGCACCCCCUUCGAUGAUCCCGCCAUGUCCACCGACUCCCUGCGUCGGUACACCCUGCACGACUCGGGCCCGAGUGUCUUCGCCGCGCCCGCGUAUCAAGAAUCCGAAGCCUCCGAGGCCUACACGGCCACCGCCCGCGGCGGCAAUGACAAGGCCUCGCGCGAUGGGAGUCGCGCCGGCGCCCUCCGCCGCUACGGCACGAGAAAGAUCAACCUGGUGCAGGGCUCCGUCCUGAGUGUCGACUACCCCGUGCCGAGUGCCAUCCAGAAUGCCAUCCAGCCCCAGUACCGCGACGCCGAGGAGGCCUUCUCCGAGGAAUUCACCCACAUGCGCUAUACCGCGGCCACGUGUGAUCCCGACGAGUUCACCCUGCGCAACGGAUACAACCUCCGCCCGGCCAUCUACAACCGGCACACCGAGUUGCUGAUCGCCAUCACCUACUACAACGAAGACAAGGUGCUGACGGCGCGUACGCUGCACGGUGUCAUGCAGAACAUCCGCGACAUCGUCAACCUGAAGAAAUCCGAGUUCUGGAACAAGGGUGGCCCCGCGUGGCAGAAGAUCGCCGUGUGCCUGGUGUUCGACGGAAUCGAGCCCUGCGACAAGAACACGCUGGAUGUGUUGGCGACGAUCGGUAUCUACCAGGACGGAGUGAUGAAGAAGGACGUUGACGGGCGGGAAACCGUCGCCCAUAUCUUCGAAUAUACCACCCAAUUGUCCGUCACCCCCACCCAGCAGUUGAUCCGCCCCCAGGGCAAUGAGCACACCAACCUGCCCCCCGUGCAGAUGAUGUUCUGCUUGAAGCAGAAGAACUCCAAGAAGAUCAACUCCCACCGCUGGCUGUUCAACGCCUUCAGUCGAAUCCUCAACCCCGAAGUCGUCAUCCUGCUCGACGCCGGUACCAAACCCGGCCCCAAGUCCCUGCUCUUCCUCUGGGAGGCCUUUUACAAUGACAAGACCCUCGGUGGUGCGUGUGGUGAGAUCCACGCGAUGCUGGGUCAGGGUUGGCGCAAGGUCCUCAACCCCCUGGUGGCUGCCCAGAAUUUCGAGUAUAAAAUCUCCAAUAUUCUUGACAAGCCCCUCGAAAGCGCGUUCGGGUACGUCAGUGUGUUGCCCGGUGCCUUCUCCGCGUACCGGUACCGGGCCAUCAUGGGUCGGCCGCUGGAGCAGUACUUCCACGGUGAUCACACGCUAUCGAAACGUCUCGGAAAGAAGGGUAUCGAAGGCAUGAACAUUUUCAAGAAGAACAUGUUCUUGGCCGAGGAUCGUAUUCUUUGCUUCGAACUGGUGGCCAAGGCGGGUUUCAAGUGGCAUCUCACGUACGUCAAGGCGUCCAAGGGUGAGACCGAUGUGCCCGAGGGUGCGGCGGAGUUCAUCAGUCAGCGUCGUCGUUGGUUGAACGGUUCGUUUGCGGCCGGUCUGUAUUCGAUCAUGCACUUCGGCCGUAUCUAUCGCAGUGGUCACAGUGUCAUUCGCAUGUUCUUCCUCCACCUUCAGAUGAUCUACAACGUGUGCCAACUGAUCAUGACCUGGUUCUCUCUUGCCUCCUACUGGUUGACUAGCUCCGUCAUUAUGGACCUGGUUGGUACGCCCAGUAAAACCAACAAGGAAGUUGGUUGGCCCUGGGGUAACGAAGCGUCGCCUAUCGUCAACAACUUUGUCAAGUACGGAUAUGUCUGGGUGCUCACGCUGCAGUUCAUCAUGGCCCUGGGUAACAGGCCGAAGGGUGUUAAAAUCCCCUACCUGCUGUCCUACCUCUACUUCUCCCUGGUGCAACUCUACGUGCUGAUCCUCUCCUUCUACCUGGUGGUGGGUGCCUUCACCGGUGGCAUGAUGGACUUCAACUUCGACGAAAGUGCGGGCGAGUUCCUCAAAUCGUUCUUCAGCUCCAGCGGUGGUGGUAUCGUGCUGAUUGCGCUGCUCUCGACCUACGGAAUCUACAUCAUUGCCAGUGUGCUCUACAUGGACCCGUGGCAUAUUCUGACCAGUUCCUGGGCCUACUUCCUGGGCAUGACGACCUCGAUCAACAUUCUGAUGGUGUACGCGUUCUGCAACUGGCACGAUGUCUCGUGGGGUACCAAGGGAUCCGACAAGGCGGAGGCUUUGCCGUCUGCGCAGACCAAGAAGGACGACGACAGCAAGCACAACUUCAUUGAAGAAAUCGACAAGCCGCAGGCCGAUAUCGACAGUCAGUUCGAAUCGACGGUCAAGCGCGCACUGGAGCCGUGGGUCGACCCCAUCGAAGACGAUGGCAAGAGCCUGGACGACUCGUACCGGAACUUCCGUACCGUGCUGGUGUGUCUGUGGGUGUUCAGCAACCUGCUGGUGGCGCUGUUGAUCACCGCCACCGGUGUGGACAAGAUGUGUCUGACGAACACCUCCACCACCCGUACCUCGUGGUACUUCGAGGUCAUUCUGUGGGCCACGGCCGGUCUGUCGCUGUUCCGUUUCAUCGGAUCGCUGUACUUCCUGGGUCGCUCGGGUAUCCUGUGCUGCGUGUCCCGGCGGUAAACGCGAAUCCGUUCGCUUGCUCGCCCAGGAAGACAAGAUGGGCAAUGCGGGGGCCCACUCCGACUGUCAUCUCCGACAGCCGGCGUGGUGCCCGCGUGGUGUCAGGGAGGCGGAGGGGGUGUUGCAUGAUUACGUCGUGUUCUCCAGCGCGCGGUUCCGUGGGAUUGUACAUUUAUGGACUGUUGACUUUUUUCCUUGAGUGUUGGACGUGUUUCCUUUCUUCUGCAAUGAUAAUAAUAGAGCGAUUUUGAUAGUCUGUGUGAGGUUUUGGCUGGUUCUAGUUCUAGCAGAGAUGACCGAAAAGAAAUGACAUGACCAUUGCGUUGC